AUGUCUGAGGCGGGCGGUGCGGCGGCGGCCGCGCUGCCCCGGCGCCGCGCCGGAGGCAUGCGGGCGGCCUGGGGCUCCGUCUGGUGCCUGUGCCUGGCGGCGGCCGUCGGCGGGAUGCCGGCGGCGCGGCGGGGCGGCGGCGCGGCGGCGGAGAGGAGCGGCGGGCAGCCGGCAGAAUACUUGAGGAGCGAGACCGCCUUUCUGGAAGAGUUGGUGUUUGGAAGUGGAGAUACCAUUGAACUUUCCUGUAACACCCAAGGCUCUUCUGUGUCUGUUUUCUGGUUUAAAGAUGGUAUCGGGAUUGCACCUACCAACAGAACUCAUAUUGGACAAAAACUGUUGAAGAUAAUCAAUGUGUCAUAUGAUGACUCGGGGCUGUACAGUUGCAAGCCAAGGCAUUCCAACGAGGUCCUGGGAAACUUUACAGUCAGAGUUACAGAUUCCCCUUCGUCGGGUGAUGAUGAAGAUGAUGACGAUGAGUCAGAAGAUACAGGUGUCCCUUUCUGGACCCGGCCAGAUAAGAUGGAGAAGAAACUGCUGGCAGUUCCUGCCGCCAACACCGUUCGCUUCCGAUGUCCGGCAGGUGGAAACCCAACUCCUUCCAUCUACUGGCUGAAAAAUGGCAAGGAGUUCAAAGGAGAGCAUAGGAUUGGGGGCAUCAAGUUGCGACACCAGCAGUGGAGCUUGGUGAUGGAGAGUGUUGUGCCGUCAGAUCGAGGAAAUUACACCUGUGUUGUGGAGAACAAAUAUGGCAACAUUAGGCACACGUACCAGCUUGAUGUAUUAGAAAGGUCACCCCACCGACCAAUCCUGCAAGCAGGGCUCCCUGCCAACCAGACCGUGGUGGUAGGGAGCAAUGUGGAGUUUCACUGCAAGGUCUACAGCGAUGCCCAGCCUCACAUCCAGUGGCUGAAACACGUGGAAGUCAAUGGCAGCAAAUAUGGACCUGAUGGGACGCCCUAUGUCACUGUGCUGAAGACGGCAGGUGUUAACACAACGGAUAAGGAGCUAGAGAUUCUGUACUUGCGAAAUGUUACUUUUGAGGAUGCUGGGGAAUAUACUUGUCUCGCAGGGAAUUCUAUUGGGUUCUCACAUCACUCUGCUUGGCUGACGGUGCUACCAGCGGAGGAGCUCAUGGAAAUGGAUGAUUCAGGCUCAGUGUACGCUGGCAUUCUCAGUUACGGCACUGGCUUUGUUCUCUUCAUCCUGGUGCUGGUCAUUGUGAUUAUCUGCAGGAUGAAAAUGCCAAACAAAAAAGCCAUGAACACCCCCACUGUACAGAAAGUCUCCAAAUUUCCACUCAAGAGACAGCAGGUGUCGUUGGAGUCCAACUCUUCCAUGAAUUCCAACACGCCCCUGGUCCGGAUCACUCGUCUCUCCUCCAGCGACGGGCCGAUGCUGGCCAACGUCUCCGAGCUGGAACUGCCUCCUGAUCCCAAGUGGGAAUUGGCACGCUCUCGGCUGACCCUGGGGAAGCCGCUCGGCGAGGGGUGUUUUGGCCAAGUGGUGAUGGCAGAAGCAAUUGGGAUUGAUAAGGACAAGCCAAACAAGGCUAUCACGGUUGCUGUCAAGAUGUUAAAAGAUGAUGCCACAGACAAGGACCUUUCUGAUCUGGUCUCUGAGAUGGAAAUGAUGAAAAUGAUUGGGAAGCAUAAAAACAUUAUUAACCUCCUCGGUGCCUGCACACAGGACGGACCGCUUUAUGUGUUGGUGGAAUAUGCGUCGAAGGGGAACUUGCGGGAAUACCUCAGGGCACGUCGCCCACCUGGCAUGGACUAUUCCUUCGACACCUGCAAGCUGCCCGAGGAGCAGUUGACAUUUAAAGACUUGGUUUCCUGCGCCUACCAGGUGGCCCGGGGCAUGGAGUACUUGGCAUCUCAGAAAUGCAUUCAUCGCGACUUGGCAGCCAGGAACGUGUUAGUCACUGAAGACAAUGUGAUGAAAAUAGCUGAUUUUGGCCUCGCUAGAGACGUUCACAACAUCGACUAUUACAAGAAAACCACCAAUGGUCGGCUGCCUGUGAAAUGGAUGGCUCCAGAAGCCUUGUUUGACCGGGUCUAUACUCACCAGAGCGAUGUCUGGUCUUUUGGAGUGCUACUAUGGGAGAUCUUCACUUUGGGAGGGUCUCCGUACCCGGGAAUUCCUGUUGAGGAACUCUUCAAACUCUUGAAGGAAGGCCAUCGGAUGGACAAACCCGCAAACUGCACCCAUGAUUUGUACAUGAUCAUGCGGGAGUGCUGGCAUGCCGUCCCCUCGCAGCGGCCCACCUUCAAGCAGCUGGUGGAAGACCUGGACAGGGUCCUCACCGUGACGUCCACCGACGAGUACCUGGACCUCUCGGUGCCCUUCGAGCAGUACUCACCAGCCGGCCAGGACACCCACAGCACCUGCUCCUCGGGGGAUGACUCGGUCUUUGCACAUGACCUGCUGCCCGAUGAGCCCUGCCUGCCCAAGCACCCCCCUUGCAACGGCGUCAUCCGGACGUGAGGACCCCUCCGGGCGGACGGACAGACAGAUAGACGGGCAGGCAGCGUGCCCAUGGAGGCGCGAACGUGGGGCGCCGAGGACGAAACCGUAGUGAAGGAUCUUCCAGUGGAACUGCGUGGUGGUGCCCGGAGAUUUGUGUUGUCGAGCUGUUCAGGGUAAAAAGGAAAAAAAAUUAACUUUUUUUUGGUUGGUUUUUUUGUUGGUUUUUUUUUCCCCGUUUGCUGUAUAAAAAGUCAAGAAGCACUGUUUGGCCUGAAGGAACUAAUCUAUUGCCAAGAUGAUCUAUCAUAUAUGAUUUUUUUUUUUGGUUUAUUUUUCAUUUGGCGUUUUUUUUUUUGUUACUAAGCAGAAUGUUGAACCUGGGGGAUGCUGACCUCCCAGCCUCCGCACUUGCGUUUCGAGUGCCAGAGUAGCCGUUCUGUGCCUGCAAUACGAAGAAGAGAAAAAAAAGAUCUUCCUUUUUUUAAAAAAAAAAAACACAAACAAAAAAAAAGUGUAAAGAAUGUAGAAAUUCUUUGCUUAUGCAAUCUGUACAUGAACCUUUUUGGUGGAGCUGAAAAGCCACGUUGCCUGCAGGGAUUCAUAUAUUUAUAAAAAUAUCUAUAUUUUUGUUGUCGUCGUUUUUAUAGCUUCAUGAUCAUACUGCCCAGCUACAUAGAAGGAAUCCUUUUUGGAAGAAGAAAAAAAAAAUCAAGUAAAAUGCAAAUCAUCAUGGAGAAAGGAAAAAAAAAAAAAUAUAAAAAGACGGUCAAGUCAUCUGAAAUGGCGGCGCUUUGGCCGGGCUCGGCGGCCGCCGGCCCUUGCACUGGGCUGGGAGCGAUGGGGCCGUGCCGAGGCGGGAGCAGCCCCCAGGGACGGGCAGAGACCCAGCGGCGGCCGUGGGGGUCCCCGGGGAGGAGAGCAUCACCCAUCUGAGAGCGGCGGGGGACCUGGCUUCUGGGUGCCCACACGGCAUCUCAAGCCACAUCCCAACCUUUGGGAACAGCCGUUUUGGGGAAAAAAGUCUUGCUUUUGGGGGUUUGCAUAUUGUUGCUUGCCAAGGGUGAGCGGGAGGGGAGCAGCUCCUCCAUCCACCCCUCGACGCCAGCGGUUUGGCUCCAUCUAUGUGCAGUGACUCGGAGAAAGAAGUUACGGGUACCUGUAGGCAAGAGCCUUUAACUUAUAUCAAAAAGGUUUAUUCCAGAGAAUCUGUGUAUAUAUCUAUAAAUAUAUCCUGUAUAUAUAUAAAUAAAUAUAUUAAAAAAAAAGAAUGUAUAAUACUAAUGCAACAUAAAGCAGUACUGAGAGAGAGUCUCAAAAUAUGAGCAUUGCAAUCUAGGAUAUACUGAUCUGGGCAAAAGAAAAGAUUUUUUGUUUGUUUGUUUUAUAUCUUCACAGUUUUGUUUUAAAAAUUGUACCUUAACAUGUAUAUUUGUAAAGUUAUUUAUAGACAUUAACAUAUCUGUUCAUCGGUUUAAAUAGCGUAGCGUUACUGUAAACUUUAAAUUUCACCGAGCUUAAGGGUGUUUUUCUUAACUUAUUAAAAAUGGAGAAAAAAUAUAUUAAUCAAGUUUUUCUUUUGUGUUUAUGGGAAAUAUUGAAAGAAUGUAUAGAUGUACAGUCCUUUAACAAAUUACAUUUAAUGUUAUAAAUAUAUAUAUAUGUAUUCAUUAAAAAAAUAUUAGUUUAUCCUGGAUUGCAGUGAGCAAAGGUAAGUUUAUUUUUCAAUACAUCACCAGUGGUUAAACCAAACAAAUAGCAGCAGAGAGAUGAUUUUUACAUAUUUCAGAAAAACAGGGCCAAGAAUUCUUCCAUCAGUUUAACCACUGUGCGUUAAGGGGGCGUGGGUGUUUAUUUUUCUAUUUUCAAAUGAAGGUAUUCUUUGUGGUCGAUUUAAUAAGUAUGCAGCAAAGCGAAAUGUUGACUUUGGAUGAUGCGGGGUAAUUUUUUUUUCCCCAUGCCAGUACCGUUGUAUUUUGGGCUUCAGAAAUGCCAUGUGAGCAAAAUAGCAAGAAGAGUGACACUGUUUGCAGGAGAGGUGCAACGACUGCGUAAUUCUUUUGCACCUAACACAUUGGAAAAUGCCAGUGAUGCCUGAUUUUCUGUGUUUAAAAUGCUGUGCUGUUUUCUUUGUCAGUGUCAGGUAGCUGUUUAAAACCACAGGAGUGAACUAGGGAAUUUUAGCGUGGAUCAAGCUGACAAGG